AUGUCUCUCACUCUAAAGCUCUCCUCUCUGGUGAUUCGGACGCUGUCGAAACCGAUUGCGAACCAGAUCAAAGCUCAGGCUCGCGAACAUGAGCGAUUCCGUCGGAUGUGCGUGUCCAUCGCGCAGACAGUACACCGCAUCGAUAUGCGCCUGCGACUCGGCAAUCUGCGCAACAACACGGCUGCCGAUAAGCAGUCGGCCGCCGAAGCGGCGCUGAAGAAGCUGAAGCCCACACGACCGACGGUGAAGACCGAGGCAGAGACCAAGGUGGAAGAGGUGGCUGCGGCGCGGGCCAAAGCAGCGGCGGAGGAGGCAGCAAAGCCGGCACCACCGCCGCAUAUUCGACCACUGUCCGAGUCCAAGGCGAUCGAGUCUGGCGCCAACUUCAUCAGCGAGACGUUUCUGUUUAUGGUCGCGGGAGGCUUGAUCGUGUUUGAGUCGUGGAGGUCGCGGCGGAAGGAGACAGAAAGGCGAGAGGAUGUUUCUGGCCGUUUGGCAGAGCUGGAACAGUCGGAGAAGAAUGCCCGGGAGGCGUUUGCGGCCGUGGAGAAGGAGCUCCUCCAUCUCAAGGCUAAACUGGGGGAGACGCCGACCAAGAACGGCCAUCGGAUAUUACCCCCUGAGGUCUGGGUGGAGGUGAAACUGGGGGAAGACGAGGCUGUGCCCGAGGAAGGGCUGUUUGCUCAGGUCUCGUCGUAUAUCACUUCGUGGUUCGAGAGUGGGAAACCGGCCGAAGAACUGCCGGCUAAACAGGCAGAACCGAGCCUAGAACCGCAGGUGGUCUCGCAGACCGUUGUGUCUCCUAUCAUCAAAGACUCCCAUGAAAAAAGCACAUAG